CAAGAUUUCCAUCCUCAGCCGCAUCCAGAACACAACAAAGACACGUAUGUAGGAGAAAAGCAAGAAUCCACAGAAGAAGGACAUACACUUUAGACAUGGAAGUGUCCAGUGACAGGCUUUUCUGCUGCAGUUGGCUUCGCCGUAGGGUUCCUUUGGCCCACAGAGAGGAACUGUACCACAUCCUGAGGAUGACAGGGCCUCUGCUGCUGUCUCGAAUUCUCAAUUGCCUCCUGCCUUUUGUGGUUACAAUGUUCUGUGGGCGUCUGGGGAAUCAAGUGAUGGCUGGUUAUGGACUGGCUUGUGCUACCAUUAAUGUUACCACUGCAGCAACAGGGUAUGGUCUGGGACUGGCAUGUGAUACCCUGGUAUCUCAGACGUUUGGGGGUAAGAAUCUGCUGGAGGUGGGAGUGAUCCUUCAGAGGAGCAUCAUCAUCUUACUGUUGUUCUGUCUGCCUUGCUGGGGGCUGCUCAUCAAUGCACAACCCAUCCUGUUAUGUGUGGGACAGGACCCUGAGGUGGCCAGACUUGCCCAGCUCUAUAUAACAUCCUUCCUUCCUGCAGUGCCAGCAAUCUUUCUACACAACCUUCAGGUGUCUUACCUGCAGAACCAAGGUAUAAUUCUGCCACAACUCUAUACAGCUGCCCUCGCAAACAUAGCAAAUGUUGCCACAAACUAUCUCUUCCUUUACUGGCUGAACCUGGGAGUCAGUGGUUCUGCUGCGGCAAAUACUUUGUCUCAGAUAUAUAUCUGUUCCUUUCUGUUUGCUUACAUUCGUUGGAAGAAGCUCCAUGCAAAAACAUGGGAAGGUUGGUCAGUGGAAUCACUGCAGGGCUGGGGCUCCUACAUGAAACUGGCCAUUCCCAGUACUUUGAUGAAGUGUUUUGAGUGGUGGGUUUAUGAACUUGGUGGAUUCUUUGCAGGAAUGCUGAGUGAGGAUGAGCUGGCAGCCCAACAUGCUGUGAUAAUGGUGGCUUUUAUCACCUACAUGUUUCCACUUGGUAUUCAAGCUGCGGCAUGUGCUAGAGUGGGGAAUGCUCUUGGUGCAGGAGACAGCUCCAGGGCCCUACUGACCAGCAAGGUGUCGCUCUGUCUUGCAGCUGCCUUUGCGCUUGUGGAAGGUGUUGUGCUUGGGUGCUCCAAAACAGUGAUUGGCUUCAUCUUCACCUCUGAUGAGAAGAUUAUCAGUUUGGUCUCACAUUUGAUGAAUGCCUACUGUUUCCUUCAGUUCUUUGAUGGACUUGUGGGUGUGUGCACAGGUAUCUUCUUGGGAACAGGCAAACAGAAGAUACCGGCUGUGGCUAAUUUCGUUGGAUACUACUGCAUAGGGCUUACACUGAGUGUUACUUUAAUGUUUGUUGCCAAACUGAGAGUUUUAGGUUUUUGGGUGGGACUACUGGUUUGUGUCAUUUUGCAAUCAACUUUCUACAUAACAGUUAUCUUCAGGCUGAACUGGGAGAAAUUGACAGAGGAGGCUGUGAAACGAGCUCAGAGAUCCGCCCACAUGACAUUAUUAGACACCUCUGGCCUCUCAGACACUAAAGGAACUGCAGAUCAGACACCCUUCAAUGAGAAAUCAGCAGGUGGAUACAUAUCUGUCAGUACAGGGUGUCAGGAUGGAACUACUGCAAGGCAAGGUGGCCAUGAGGUCCAGCAGCUGAAAGACAGCCACCUCUCCACCACCCAGCUGGUCAUCAGGAGAGGCCUUACCAUGUUUGCUGCAGUUGCUCUUUUAGCUGUGGGAGCAGCUGUACACUUCCUUGUUCCUUUGCCAGAGGUCAAAUUUGAAGAGGGCAACCAUACUGCUACAGACUGGAUCAAUGCAACAUAUACUCCUGAUACAAUUUUCUCCACUAUGCUGGUCCCUAAUGAAGAGUUAGAGUGAGUCGAAGCUGACCACAAUGUUUUUCUUUAUUGUUGUUGAACUGUCUUCAGCUUGACUCAGUUCUCUCUGACAGUGUGUGACUGUAAAGAUCCAGAUAAUAAUCAGAGAUAAUUCUUGUCAUUA